CUUUGCUCGGACGCCUAACAGGUAGAUUGCCCUGCUACCAUUCCAAGCACAUAUUCUCGGGCGUGGGCAUCUACACCCAACUGCCUACCUUGCACUGCAAUUCACCUCCUGUCAGCAAACCCACAAUAGUGGAGUAGCUAGCUCCGCCGGAAAAGCUAGCGUACGAGCAAAUCCGAUCCGAAACCUGUUGUAGACAGACAUAGGUAUAGUUGCAGGAGCCAUGGUGAGGGCAAGGGUGGCCAAUGGCAAGGCUCUGAUGGUACUGGUGGGGGCAGUGCUCCUUGUCUGCGGCGGCGGCGGUCUGCCGGCAGCAGUGGCGAGCGGGCACGCGCGCGAGGAAGUGCACCUGGUGCCGGCGGUGUACGUGUUCGGCGACUCGACGGUGGACGUCGGGAACAACCAAUACCUGCCGGGGAACGCCCCGCUACAGCUCCCCUACGGCAUCGACUUCCCGCAGUCGAGGGCCACCGGGAGGUUCAGCAACGGUUACAACGUCGCCGACUCCAUCUCGAGGAUACUGGGUUUCAAGAGGAGCCCGCCGGCGUACCUGUCGCUGACGCCGCAGACGAGCCGCCAGAUCUUCAGAGGCUUCCGUGGAGCCAACUACGCUUCCGGCGGCUCCGGCAUUCUCGACACCACCGGGAACACCCUGACAUUGACCAAGCAGGUGGAGCUCUUCGCGGCCACCAAGUCAAAGAUGACUGAGUACGCCGGCGGCAAGGGCUCCGCGGCCGUCGACGCGCUGCUGUCCAAGUCCCUCUUCCUCAUCAGCGACGGCGGCAACGACAUGUUCGCCUUCAUCUUGCAGAACCGAACGGCGGCCGAGGCGCCGUCCUUCUACACCGACCUCCUCUCCAACUACACGAAACACGUGCAGACGCUCUACACCCUCGGCGCCCGCCGCUUCGGGAUCGUCGACGUGCCGCCGAUCGGCUGCGUGCCGGCGGUGCGCGCCAAGUCCCCGACCGGCGAGACCGCGUGCGUUCCCGCCGCCAACGCCCUCGCGAAGGGUUUCAACGACGCGCUGGCGGGAGUGAUGGCGAAGCUCGCCGCCGCGCUGCCUGGGAUGAAGUACUCCGUGGGGAGCUCUUACAACCUGGUGACCUUCUUCACGGCGCACCCUGAGGCCGCCGGGUUCAGGGACGUGGCCAGCGCGUGCUGCGGCGGCGGGAGGCUCGGCGUGCAGACCGGGUGCGUGCCCAACGCCACCUACUGCGGCAACCGCAAUGACCACCUGUUCUGGGACGGGGUGCACGGCACCCAGGCAACCUCCAACAAGGGCGCCAAGGCCAUCUUCUCCGCGCCGGUGAAGAUGGGCUUCGCCGCGCCCAUCAACUUCAAGCAGCUCAUUUCUUCUUGAUGAUCAUCGACGCACGGUCUUGAUCGAUUCAUCAGCCGUUAAUUUAAUAAUCGCGAGUCUUCUCUAUUUGAUUAAGAGAGAGGGAAAAAAGAUGUACUGCGCACGUUUUAUAAUCCUUUUGUAGAUCGAUGUGGAGAUGCAAUAGAAUCAUGCAUAGAGCGGCGGGGCGCAGCCUUUUGUUUA